AGUAGGUAGGUAUAUUAUAUACGUUAUCGUACUUAUAGGAUGCACGCGUUUUUCGGCGAGGUGUCAUUGAACGGCACUUGUCCGAAUCGCCCUAAAACUCACAAUCCCACAGGUCGAAAAUACUUAUAUAAUAUAAUAUAUAUUCAUCGUCGUCAACUCCUUCAACAGGUCCGGUUCAUGCGCCAUAGCCCAAGCAAAUAACUGCUACCAUGGUGCCAUAUCGUUGCCGUUGCGGCGGCGGGUUGAUUUCGACGUUGGUGGCUGCGGCGGUCUUCGCGUGCGGCGCGGUCGCGGGGACGAUGCAAGUCGAGUACAGCUGGGUGUACGUGGACUAUACAUUUGCCAGUCCGAAUCACCGAGAAUCGGCCAUCAACUCGGGGAAGUUCAUUCCUGAAAACUGUGUCAUACUGGACGUGGACAUAUUUCAAGGUCCACCUGAAGAUAAAAUUAUUGGUUCGAAUUCAUAUUCUGCUGUUACCAAACAACGAGUGUUUGUAAUGGUACCUCGUAUCAAGCCGGGAAAUCCUGCAUCGAUUGCAGAAGUAGUUCCAGGAGAUCGCCCAAGUUCCGUACUAUUAGCGCCAUACCCGAAUUGGAAGGCAAAUACUAUUUCGGAAGGCACGAUCAAUUGCGACGAAACGAUUGUUUCAGUAUUUAGAACCAAAAUUGAUUAUCUCGGUCGAUUUUGGGUUGUUGAUGUCGGCACAUUAGACCAAUUUGAGAUGACAGCUCGGUCCGUGUGCCCUCCAAAACUUUUGAUAUUUGACUUGAAAAAUGGCGAUAGAGUUAUAAAAACGUAUAAAUUUCCAUCGUCACAGGUAAAAGACGUUUCGUUGUUUACUAACAUCGAAAUCGAUAUCAGAGAUUCAAAGGGCCGUAAUACAUUUGCUUACAUAACCGAUACUACUGCGUAUAAACUUAUCGUGUACGAUUUUAAAAAUGACGAAAGUUGGGUGGUAGAUCAAGCAUACUUCUACCCGUACCCAAAUAAGGCUCAUUUUAAAAUUAAAGGAGUUAACUUUGACUUAAUGGAUGGAAUAUUAGGAUUAGCCUUAGGUCCUAUAAUAAAAAACGAUCGAAAAUUGUAUUUCCACGCAUUCGCUAGCAUCAGAGAAUCGUGGGUGAACACCAACACAUUGCAAAAUAAAUCGAUGUUUCAAAAUGGUUUAAUCGACGGUUCCGGUACAUUCUUUUUGUCUUCGGAAGUUAGAGAAACCCAAUCUAGUGUUGAAGUGAUGACUGACAAUGGAGUACUUAUAUACGCAUCAAUGGACAACAGUUUGGGUUGUUGGAACACCCAGGAUCCAUUUACAACUAAAUACACCCACACGAUAUAUAAGAGUGACGAAGAUUUUCAAUUUCCCAGUGGCAUGAAAAUUGUGAGCGACAAAGUGUGGGCAGUGUCAAGUCAACUUCAAAAUCAAUUCACAACUAUGGCCAAUAAUCGUAAUUCAGUCAAAUAUAGGGUGCUAGUUGGUCGAGUUGACGAAUUGAUAAAAUGCACAGGAUGCGAUAAGAGUUCGGCAUCUGUCGAUAUAAAAAUGUCAUCUAAUGUACAGAAUCUUGACCCCUCAAAAGAUCGCUUAGUAUUUAGUAGUAAAAGAGAGUAAUUAAUACGGUAAAAGAGAUGCUUGCUUGUCAUGUUUUCAUAUGAUAAUAAUUUACGACGAGAAAAACUCUUAAUUUAAUUUAUUAUACAAUCCAUAUGACCUAUAAUAAAUUGACCUCACUUCAUUAUAUAGAAUAAUAUAUAAUAAAUACUUAUUUAUAACUCGUCGCCUUCUCGUAUAGUAAUAAGUUAUUAGUUUUUACUUAUUAUACUUAUUAGCUUUCAAAUUUUAGCUAUCGUGAAUAAAAUUCUUUUUUAUCAUUAAUCUUAAAUUAAUAUUUCAAAAUAAAUAUUGUGUUUGUGUACAUAAUAUAUCUUAUAAAUAAUAAUCAAUAUUUAUUUGAUGAAAAUCAU